GGUUCUCCAUACCACAAUGAGCUGUGACAUUGUAAAGAUGGAGUUUAUUGAAGAGGAGAAUGAAGCAUGCAGAUUAAAAGAUGAAGAUACUGAGGAACAAAGUGACUUGAAAGUACACAAGAAAAUUGAAGAAUUACAGGAAACGGAGAAGACACAUCAGAAUCAGGAAGCUCAAGAUGCUGUAAAAGAACAAAGAACAGAAGCCAAAAAGUCUUUUACCUGCCCUCAAUGUGGAAAGAGUGUCACACGUAAACAAAGCCUCAAGGAUCACAUAAGAAUUCACACUGGAGAGAAACCUUUCACAUGCCUUCAAUGUGGAAAAAGUUUUAAAUGUAAAAAAGGCUUUAGGUUGCACACAAGACGUCACACUGGUCAGGAGCCGUUCACGUGCCCUCAGUGUGGAAAGAUUUUAUUAAGUAAAAGCAAUCUUAAUUCUCACAUGCGAAAUCACACUGAAGAGAAGCCAUUUACAUGUGAUCAGUGUGGAAAGUGUUUCAAAUGGUCAAAUAGUCUCAGAGUUCACAAGUUCAUUCACUCUGGAGAAAAACCAUUUGAUUGUGAUCAGUGCGAUAAGAAGUUUUUUCAAGAAUCAGAUUUAAAGGACCACAUGAAAGUUCACACAAAAGAGAAGCCUUACUUGUGUUCUGUUUGUGGAAAGACGUUUUCAUGGCUGGACCGUUUUAAAGAGCAUCAGAAAAUACACACUGGUGUGAAAGAUUAUUUGUGCUCUGAUUGUGGUAAAGCUUUUACUACAGCCACUCAGUUGAAAGUUCACCGAAGGAUCCACACGGGAGAAAGACCUUACAAGUGUUCGUAUUGUGGAAAGAGUUUCAAACAGUUUGGAGCCCUUCAAUCACAUGAGAGAAUUCACACUGGAGAGAAGCCGUAUCAAUGCCAUCAGUGUGGCGGGAGAUUCGGCCAUUCCAGAAGUGCACAGAUUCACAGAAAGAAGUAUUGCCCAAAAUUAAAUGGAAAGUCAAUAAGAUUGGAGAAAAAAAGACCAUAAGAGCACAAUGAUUAAUAAGUGCUAAAUUAUUGCCCUUGUUUUACUUUAUCUUUUUUUUUUAGUAGUAGUAGUAGUGUGGUUAAGGUUCAAUUAUUGCGGUCUUAUUAAAAUAAUGAAUAAAGGGUUUCCAUACUGCAAAAAAUGAUCAGUCUUACUUUUUAAGGAAAAUCUAAUCUUUUCUAGUUGAAGGUGGUGCAUAACAUCUCUAAUCAGGGCAGAGCACAUUUUUUUGUUUCCAGUUGAGCAAAAUCAAUCUACGUGCCAAGAGUGUGACAACUCCAAGCACAAUACACUGUUUUUUUAGAUAGCUCCACACUGUCACUAUUGACACCAAAAACAGCCAUAACUGGGUCUAGUGGUUUUCCCAACACCUUUGACAGUAAUUUAAAUACUGAGAUCCAAUAAUUACGAAUAUUAGGACACUUCCAAAACAUAUGUCCUAGUGAUGCUGGCGUUGACUGCAUGUAUCGCAUAAUGGGUCCACAAAUGAAAACAACCUAGAGAGCUUUAAUUUAGACAGAUGAAGGUGGUGCAUAACAUCCAUUAGCAAUGAUUUGAAGUCUACAGUAUGUAAGAUCUUGAUUUGUAUUAAAGGUGGAAUACCUAAGAUUUUUGCAUUAAAAUAUCCCAAAAUCACAAG